UUCAUAAAUUAGUAGGUCCAUACAACUUUAAAUGUCGACAAGUAUUUCUGUGGAGAAAUUUAAAGAGAACUUAUUGGAAGCUGCUUUGCGAGCGAAGGAGAAUGCUUACUGUCCAAUAAGUCAUUUCGCUGUUGGUGCAUCAGUGUUGACUAGUGAUAACAAAAUAUUUUCUGGUUGUAAUGUAGAAAAUGUUUGUUUGCCGUGUGGUUGGUGUGCUGAAGUCAGUGCAAUUGGUACAGCAGUAUCAAACGGUCAUCGAAAAUUAACUGCCUGUGCUGUAGCAACUAACUCGCCUACCUACGUUACGCCAUGCGGACGUUGUAGACAAGUGAUAGCAGAGUUUUCUGAUAGUCAGUGUAUUAUAUUUCUUGUGAAUAAGGACAAAGAAGUGAAAACUGUUGAAUUCGGUGAACUAUUACCUUCUGGAUUUAGUAAUGAAGACUUGAAGAGUGGAUGUGCAACGAAGGAGAAGAAAACUUAAUUCACUCUUGUCAAGAUUCAAAAGUCAUUAUUAAAAAUCAGUAAUUGAAUGAACAAAAAUGACGAAAACCUUGUUGGGAUUUCAUUGUUAUUCUGAUAUUUUUUAAAAUAGAAAAUAUGAUGUUACUUAAGUUUUGC